UUUCGUUUCAUAAUAACAGUAAACAAUACACACCAAGUCAGCAGAUAAUAUUCUAAUCAAUUGGUGGUGACCAUGGCUUACUCUGAAGCCGAGCGUGAUAUAUCCGCCAAAGAUGCCGCGGUUCGGAGGCUUCUUUCCCUGGCUAAAAUAAAAGUCGCCCACCCCGCGCCCUUUUCAAACAUUACCAAGCUGGAUAUCUUUGACUGUGGCAUUUCGUCCCUCCCAGAUAGCUUCGCCGAAGCAUUCCCUGAACUUUCUAUUUUAUUCUUGUCCAAAAACAAAUUCAAGGAGAUGCCAAAAAUGAUUGGUGAUUGCCCCAAGCUACAAAUGGUUUCAUUCAAGGAUAAUAUGCUUGCGACGAUUCAUCCUGAUGCAUUGCAACCACAAAUGCGAUGGCUCAUCUUAACAAACAAUCGUCUAUCUAACCUUCCGGAAUCAAUUGGUCGAUGUCAAAAGCUGCAGAAAUUCAUGUUGAGUGGAAAUCAAGUGGAAUCUCUUCCAGAUACUAUUCGAAACUGUAUUAGCCUGGAACUAAUCCGAUUAGCUUCCAACAAAUUGAAGGAGCCACCCACAGCUCUUCUUGAUAUUCCAAGUCUUCGCUGGGUAGCUUUAUCGGGAAAUCCAUUUCUGCAGCAUCUGCAACCAUCAUCGGAAGCAUUGGACAUUCUGGAAGAGGUGGAAGAAAGCAUUGGCGAAGUCUUGGGACAGGGUGCUGGAGGUGUUACUCGCAAGGUACUCUGGCGGGAUCGUGUUGUUGCUGUGAAAGAAUACAACGGUGCCAUGACCUCCGACGGUCUUCCUGAGGAGGAACGUCGCAUAUCGUGUGCAGCAUCGGCACUCAACUCCGCUUGUUUUAUUGAAGUUCUAGGCGAAACGCAGGCAGGUUCCUUGGUGAUGGAGUAUUUGGAUCAGUAUUCAGCUUUAGCCGGCCCGCCAAGCUUUGAAACCUGUUCGCGAGAUGUAUAUACGGACUCCGUAUGUAUUGUUCAUGAUGAGCAAGCCGAGAAAAUCUUGUCUCAUUUGUUGGAAGCCCUGGCUAAGCUCCACAGCGUUGGUAUAUGCCAUGGAGACUUUUACGGACACAACAUUUUGGUCUCUCAAGAUGGAUCGGACGUACGAUUGAGCGAUUUUGGAGCGGCAUUCUUUUAUGACAGAGAGCAUGAAUACGGCACUUCUAUAGAAGCGAUUGAGCUACGGUCAUUUGCAGUUUUGGUUGAAGAAGUUAACUCUUUGCUCAAGCAGCAGAGUGAGCGAUUAGACAAGCUCGUAAGAAAAUGCCGAGAGCAGGGUUGUUCGUUUGCGAAACUUCACAUCUGGUGGAAACAACUACAACUGGCUGGGCUCGCAUCUGCCUUCGCUGUUGACGCCUAA